CACCGCCCAGGCCGGACUUCAGUCGUCUAGGCACCGCGCAGCCGGCGCGCUCGAGCCAGAAUCCUGGGACCUUCAAUGGCCGGAGAAGGAGUGAUCAGAAGACCGAGAUGAAUUUUAACACUAUUCUAGAAGAGAUUCUUAUUAAAAGAUCACAGCAGAAAAAGAAGACAUCGCCCUUAAACUACAAAGAGAGACUUUUUGUGCUAACGAAGUCCAUGUUAACCUAUUAUGAGGGUCGAGCAGAGAAAAAAUACAGAAAGGGAUUUAUUGAUGUUUCAAAAAUAAAGUGUGUGGAAAUAGUGAAGAAUGAUGACGGUGUCAUUCCCUGUCAAAAUAAAUACCCAUUUCAGGUGGUUCAUGAUGCUAACACACUCUACAUUUUUGCACCUAGUGCACAAAGCAGGGACCGGUGGGUGAAGAAGUUAAAAGAAGAAAUCAAGAACAAUAAUAAUAUAAUGAUUAAAUAUCAUCCUAAAUUUUGGGCAGAGGGAAGUUACCAGUGUUGUAGACAAACUGAAAAACUAGCACCUGGAUGUGAAAAAUACAAUCUUUUUGAGAGUAGUAUAAGAAAAGCACUACCUCCAGCACCAGAAACAAAGAAGCGAAGGCCUCCCCCACCAAUUCCACUGGAAGAAGAAGAUAAUAGUGAAGAAAUCGUUGUAGCUAUGUACGAUUUCCAAGCAACUGAAGCACACGAUCUCAGAUUAGAGAGAGGCCAAGAGUAUAUCAUAUUAGAAAAGAAUGAUGCUCAUUGGUGGAAAGCAAGAGAUAAAUAUGGGAGUGAAGGAUAUAUCCCAAGUAAUUAUGUAACUGGAAAGAAAUCAAACAACUUAGAUCAAUAUGAAUGGUAUUGCAGAAAUAUGAACAGAAGCAAAGCAGAGCAACUCCUCAGAAGUGAAGAUAAAGAAGGUGGUUUUAUGGUGAGGGAUUCCAGUCAACCAGGCAUGUACACAGUCUCCCUUUAUACGAAGUUUGGAGGAGAAGGCUCCUCAGGUUUCAGGCAUUAUCAUAUAAAGGAGACAACAACCUCCCCCAAGAAGUAUUAUCUGUCAGAAAAACACGCAUUUGGUUCAAUUCCGGAGAUUGUUGAGUAUCAUAAGCACAAUGCGGCAGGACUUGUCACAAGGCUGCGGUACCCAGUUAGUACAAAGGGGAAGAAUGCGCCAACCACUGCAGGAUUCAGCUAUGAAAAAUGGGAGAUCAACCCAUCAGAGCUGACCUUUAUGAGGGAAUUGGGGAGUGGACUGUUUGGAGUGGUGAGGCUUGGCAAGUGGCGAGCCCAGUACAAAGUAGCGAUCAAAGCUAUUCGGGAAGGUGCCAUGUGUGAGGAAGAUUUUAUAGAAGAAGCUAAAGUGAUGAUGAAACUGACACACCCGAAGUUGGUGCAGCUUUAUGGUGUGUGCACCCAACAGAGACCAAUUUACAUCGUUACCGAGUUCAUGGAAAAGGGCUGCCUGCUGAAUUUCCUCCGACAGAGACAAGGUCAUUUUAGCAGAGAUGUGCUGCUGAGCAUGUGUCAAGAUGUGUGUGAAGGGAUGGAGUACCUGGAGAGAAACAGCUUCAUCCACAGAGAUCUGGCUGCCAGAAAUUGUCUAGUAAAUGAGGCUGGAGUAGUGAAAGUAUCUGAUUUCGGAAUGGCCAGAUAUGUUCUGGAUGAUCAGUACACGAGUUCUUCCGGUGCUAAAUUUCCUGUGAAGUGGUGUCCACCCGAGGUGUUUAACUACAGCCGCUUUAGCAGCAAAUCAGAUGUCUGGUCAUUUGGUGUUUUAAUGUGGGAAGUAUUCACUGAAGGCAGAAUGCCCUUUGAGAAGAACACCAACUAUGAAGUGGUAACCAUGGUUACUCAUGGCCAUCGACUCCACCGGCCCAAGUUGGCGUCCAAAUAUGUAUAUGAAGUGAUGCUGAGAUGUUGGCAGGAGAAACCAGAGGGAAGGCCUUCCUUUGAAGAUUUGCUGCGCACGAUAGAUGAACUAGUCGAGUGUGAAGAGACUUUUGGAAGAUAA